AUGAACAUUGUUGGAAUGUUACUUCCUGUUUUUGAGAAGAUGCAGUUUAUUUUUCCAUUACUUGUGAUAUGUUGCUGUUUAUUGGUUGUGAAAUCUGAAACAUGUCUAGGGAGCCAAGAAAAGGCAAUUUUAUCUGGUAUUAAAACCUCCAUAAAGACAUUGGAAGAAAAGUUGGAAGGAAAAUCUCCGCGAUGUAGAGCAGGAUGGAGAGAAUUCAAAGACCGCUGUUAUUUCUUUUCCACUGACAAAAAACCUUGGCACGAGGCGGAGGUACAAUGUCGAAAUCUAGGAGGGUACCUUACACAAGUUACUGAUUCUGCAGAAAAUUCCUGGAUUGUUUCUUUGAUUACGAAUAAAAAAGUGAUUCAGCAGGACUACUGGAUGGGUGCAACAGAUUUUACAGAGGGCGAUUGGAGAUGGGUGAAUGAUUUGUCGAAAGUACAUUAUACCAAUUGGAACUCGGGUCAACCUGAUAAUUAUCAUGGCAAGGAGGACUGUGGUCAUUUUUGGCAUGCUAAUAACUAUAAAUGGAAUGACCAUGUGUGCAGCAAUCUAUUUGGGUAUAUUUGUGAGAGUCCUCAGGGAUCUAGUUGUCUUCCGUACUCUAGACUGUUAAAGAACGCUCUCAAUGGGAAGAAGUAACAUGUAUGCAACAUGUCGUGAAAAAGUGAAAUAAUAAAAGUUUAAUAAAUA